AUGUAUGCACCAAGUAAUAAUACAUUGAAAUUAUUUAAUUUAAUCCAACCAAAUGUUCGAAAGACUAUUCUUCGAACAUUAUUUAGUGGAUUUACAUCGAAAUCAAUUGAAACACCUAAAGAUGCUCAUUCAAAUUUACUUGCUGACGCACAAAAUGUUUUUGAACUUCAAUAUCAUAUUGUUAAGCCAAGAUCAAUAAAUGAUUAUGAAAAUAUAUAUGAUGAUUAUUCAUCACAAAUUCUUGAUAAAUAUUCUUCAACUGGUCUUGUUCAUACUGGUUCAUGGCGAGUACAUAUUGGUAAUACACAAAAUCAAUUUAUUCAUAUAUGGAUGUAUAAAAAUUUUGCUCACUUGGAUCAAUUUGUUGGCAAUGAAAAAGUCAAGGCUAAUGAUGAUAAAUUAAACCAACAUAUUGUUCAACGUUCAAAUCAAAUCUGUCUUUCAUUUUCUUAUUUUGGAAUUCCACAACCACGUGCAAAAUCCGAUGAUCAAUCUAAUCCAAAUAUAUAUGAAAUGCGUUCAUAUUGGCUUAAACCAGGAACUUUAAUUGAAUGGGGCAAUUUAUGGCAUAAAGGAGUGCAAUAUAGACCAGAUGCAAAGGUUCUUGGUGUUUUUUCACAAAUUGGAGAACUUUAUAAUGUUCAUCAUAUGUGGUCAUAUCAAAAUUUUCAACAAAGAAAAAAAAUGCGUACUAAUGCAUGGGCUAAACCUGGUUGGUCAGAAAACGUUGAAUAUACAGUUCCAUUAAUUCGUAAAAUGGAAUCAAAGAUUCUUGUACCAAUGAAAAGCUCACCAAUGCAAUAA